AUGGGCGACUCGGAAACUUCACCUGCGCAACUUGAGACUCUUCGAGUCCAAUACUGUCCUCCGCUCGACGAUGCCCUUUUCUAUGCCAUCGUCUCCGACCACAAGCUGCCCCAAGACAGUGCAGUCUUGACAUCGAUCCUUGACAGCCUCAAGGCCGGUGCAAUAGAACAGGAGGACGCAGAAUUUGAUCCUUCAGGUACAGGAGCUCCUGCGCAGUUCAAGGAAGCCACCGACACGUCUAGGUCGUGCCCCGAAGAUACCUUCUCAAACGGUGUCACGAGCAUCACCACUGGAGUCUCCGACUUGCGUUGGAAUGACUCGGACGGCCUAGGACAGAAUCUAGACAACUCCUCGACCGAGCAGAAGACAGAUUGGCUGCGGCAUGUGUUUCCCAACAUUCCCAAGCGCGAAUUGGGUAGUGUCCUGGAGAGCCACGGCGGAUCGCUCGACAAAGCCGUCGACGAGCUCCUCAACCUCUCCUUCCUGAACCAAGGGCUGGAGGAUGAACCAGAAGAUGUGCCUGUUUUGAAAAGUGUGGAUGGGUUUGCGGAAGAUGCCCUCGUCCACAGGAAAGGGAGGAAGAAACGGAAACACCGGACAAACGAGUCGUCCCGUGCAAGCUCAGCUUCCUCCUCGCCCUAUCAAUCAGAUUCCACUCCUACUAAUGUCUGGGCCACGAUGUCCGAAGACGUCGACUUCAUUUGUUCUAGAACCAAGCUCCAACCUCAGCUCGUACGGUCGAUCUAUCAUUUCAACGGCGCGAGGCUAGCCUCUACAAUACGUGAUCUUGCGAUAAGAGAGGGGAGGGCAUGUAGUAAGUUGGCCGCGGUCGAUCCCGUCGUCGAUCUUCAGAUUGCCGAAUUCCAGAGCCAGUUUGAGCAUGUGCCGAAGUCGCAAAUGUACGGCCUCCUGAGCUUGGCCCGGAAUAUACCGUCUGCAGCUCAGGAGCUGUUGGAAGCCAUGUCAGCGCCUGAGAAGGUACCGACAUCCGGAAAGCUGCAUGAUGCAGCUCAGUAUGCCCCUCUGGACCUCAACGAAGACGAAACUCCUGAGACCACUCCGACCGCAACAGCAGCCAUGGCGACGGGCCCUUAUCGAGCUUCAGCAGCCAGCUUUCGAAUGGCAGCAGGCCAAAGUUUCGAACAAGCUGCUGCGGCCUACCAACGAAGCAGAUCCGAUCGUCUUUACGGAGGUGUUGCAGCGCACUACUCCGAGAUUGGACGAGAACGCAUCAGGGCUGCGAAAGAAGCCAAAGCCGCGGAAGCAGACUCGCUCGUGGCUAAACAGUCCUCGUCGAACAUUCUCGACCUCCACGGUGUGACCGUGCAAGAUGCGGUCCGAAUUGCCAGCGCCAAAACACAGAGCUGGUGGGAUGGCUUAGGCGAAGCCAAAUAUGUCACCGGAGGCGGCGGACCUGCUAGAGCCGGGUUCAAGAUAGUGACAGGCCUGGGAACUCAUAGCAAGAACCGUGCGCCGCGGAUAGGGCCUGCGGUGAGUAAGGCGCUCAUGAGGGAAGGAUGGAAAGUCGAGAUCGGCCACGGUGAGUUGAUGGUGACGGGGAAGAGCCGUCGAUGA